UUAGGAACUUACUCCAUUAAUGAGUGUGCCUUUGUGACUGGACUUAGUCCCAGUACAUCUUACCGAUUCAGAGUCUGCUGUACCAACAAUAUAGGAGACAGUCCAUACAGUGUGUCUUCAGUCCUCAUCACAACCAAACCAAAAGGUUCUGCUGACAUCAGCUUGGACCAAUUCACAAUCUCCCAACUGUCAAAACAACACGAAGGGCUGUCAUUUUACCAGCCUCCAAAGAACAGACUGUCACCCGAGGACAUCAGCUCAAGGGAGAUAACUCUACAGACCUCAAACAUAGAGGACCAGUACAGCUUAUCUAAUGUUCUAUGGAGAGGAAAUUACUCUUCAUCCUAUGUGCUUUCCACGGACAAGACAAAGAAACUUCAUAAUAUCACAAAAAUUACACCAGUUUCUGAUUUAUACAAAGACAGACUAUCGAGAGAGCUAGAAAUUCUGCGUACUCUGAAACAUGAGAGAUUUGUUCACCUGUACGAUGCUUACUUAUAUAUGGACAGAUAUUACUGGAUAAUGGAAUACCUAUCUGGAGUCAAUGUUGUAGAACACUUCUCUUAUAAAUCUAAAUACACGGAGGAUAUGGUUGCCAUAGUGAUCCGACAGGUAUUGGAUGGAUUGCAGUUCCUGCAUUACCAUGGUUAUGCCCACCUGAACAUCCAGCCCAGUAGUGUGAUGAUGGUCAAUCGCCGCCGACUGGACGUCAGAAUCAUGGAUUUUAGCUUGGUUCAGAAGGUCACCAAGGAAGGUCAAGUGGUUCCCAGGGAGGGCAAUCCUGAGUUUAUGGCCCCUGAGGUGGUUGUCAAGGAGACGACCUCAUACCCUGCAGAUAUUUGGUCUGUUGGAGUUUUAACUUUCUUAUUAUUGAGUGGGGAAUCCCCCUACAAGGGACAAGAUGAGGAGGCCACCUUUACAAACGUCGCCUACAAUAGAUACAAUGCCCUGAGUUUGUACGAGAACAUUACAAAGGAAGCUCUCAAAUUCAUCUUCCGGGUCCUCAAACGGGUCUCCAGAAAUAGAAUGACUGCCAGUGAAUGUUUGGAGGACAAGUGGCUGCAGACAUCAGAAACAAUGCUUAAAUUCAGAACAGAAGCUGUGUUCUCAUCCGUCAAGCUCCGUAACUAUGUCACUGAAUCCUUCCUGGAAUCCAUCAAAGCUAGUGAGGCAGAACUGAUGAGGCUUAGAGAGAAGUUCCUCAUCAGACAAGAGGUCAAGGUCACAAAGACAGCUAUAAAGGAGGAUUCAAAGAAUACAGAUCAAUAUACUAACAGUGAAGUUAAACAAACAAUGAAGAAGGAGGUCAAGGACUCAGAAAUGGAGUCAGAGGUCAAAAGGUCAGAGGUCAAGAAGAGCUCCAGUGUGGAGGACAUUGCAGAUGAGCUUGUUAAUGGUGCCAUGGAUGAGGCUCUAAAGUCUGAGACAUUAUCCUGAAGUGAUAUUAAUUAAACCAGAAAGGACUUGACAAGGAAGACGUUCACCAAAAAACACCUAAAAAUGAAGAAAAUUACAUCAUGCUAAAGCAAUAUUGUGAUUAAGAUUUUGUUUUGUAAAAAGUUUGAUAGAUAUAUUGCUUUUUAAUAUACAUGAAUAUGUAUUGAUAUUAAUUUAUUAGAAUUUGUUUGAGACUUGUUUGUUGCAGUUUUGUGAUAUAUGCCUUUAGAUUUUUAAUUAAACUGUAUUAGUUUAAUUAUUUUUAUUGAAUGCAUUUUCAUGUUGAUAACAUUUUUUUUUUUUUUGCUUUUUUAAAAAAUAUAUAAACAUGUACAGUUUCUCCACUGAAGUUGAUGUUACUUGCUGUUUUUAUUUAUUCUUAGAUCCUUUGUUAUGCUGCUAUUUUUCAUCACUGUAUGUAUGAUAAUAUUUUUCUGUCAUAAAUAAGUAACUGCAAACACUGUUUUGGGUUUAUACAUUGCAUAAUUACUUACAGUGGGAGUGAAAUUUUAGGAGGCCAAACUUCAAGUGCAAUAUUUUUAUUUAUUUCAUUCUUUUUGUAGAAUAUUAGAAUGUGCAAUAAACUUUGGUUCUUUA